UUAUCCGAUUCCCCCCGACCCCUUCGCCCCCGAGCGCUUCUUCCCCACGAGCCCGUGGCCUCGAGACGCCGCCGGCGCCGGCGCCGGCUCCAGCUCCUUCUGCCUGCAUCCUUGCCACCCUCUCGUGCUGCUUCCUCGCGAGCUCUUGGCCUCGCACACGACGACGACAUAUCCGCGGUAGCCGGCGACCCCUUCUGCUGCAUCCUCGCCGGUUUUCACGUGGUUCUUCGUGAAAGGCAAGAUCCGUGAGGGGCUUGCAGAGGAGAAUACCUACAUCAAUCGAAUCAACAAGGCUCGGAUCUGUAAGGGUUGAGAGCAUCCUUGGGGGAGAAGAAGACCUGCAUCUAUUGGAUUCAGGAGGAGGAUCUAUUAGCUAGUCGUUGCCUCUUCGUCCAUCGGUGCCACCCGCAUCUUGCCCCAUCCUCACCGUCGCUCAGGUGCUGCGCAUCUUGUCGUCCUCACCAUCGCUUAGGCAACUGCUCAUCCUUCCCGUGCCUAGCCUCAUUCCCGCUUCGAGUGCUAGGCCACCGCGCUUUUGGCCGUCAUGAGCAAGACUCUGCUGAUUGGGUAGAUGGAGGUGCCAAUGAACUCUGCGCAAUCCGGUGCUCACUUCCCCGUGCAGCAUCGAUCCCUCUCGUUAGACGUCAAGGGUAAUAAGACAGACAUUGUUAUCAGUAAAUAUGAAGAUACCUUUCUGGUGAUUGUGACACAAAUUGGCUGCAUGGGAACCAUACUGGCUGCCAAGAAAGAUGAAAGUGUUUUCUCGGACCCAACCUAUAACGUGAAUGUUCUUUUUGGGAAGAGAGAUGAGCCCCUCCUACUUGCUUGUGCACACCAACUUAUUGAGCACAUAAGUGGCAGUGGCUCAGCACGGUCGAUGGUGAUCUCUCUUGGUCUGAAAGAUCAUUCUCAGGGAACACUGAAGGAUAUAAUUGCAGCUGUGAUUGAGAAUCGUCUUUGGUGAUGGUUGUUAUUGACUGAGCUAGAGUUGGGAUGCGCUGGAGAUGCUGACGUGAACAACUCUGAGCAAGAUGAACCCUUAUUUAUCAUGUAUGAAAUUCUAGAACUUUGUAGGUAGAAUUUCUUUCUACUGUAACGGUUAAGAGGUGGUUUUAAGGUGUUCUGUGAUUGAUAUUGUCUUAUGAUGAGCGAGGUGUAGAUGGUGGUUGAGGCUUCUCCUGUUGCCAAGAUUUUGAGUCUCAAAAUCACUUUUGGGGGAGCAUCUCAUGUUCUUUUUUCCUGCGUUGCAAGCAAUUUUUUGCUAUCCAA